CAAUUAUAUAACAAUAUAACUAAAAUCAAUCUUCCUUUGCAGGUGUAUGCGAUCCUGGUCAGCCACCCUCCUCAGUCCAACGACCACCUGACUCCGACGCCUGUCUCCUACACCGCCGGUUUCUAUCGGAUCCCCGUGGUCGGUCUGACGACACGGAUGUCCAUCUACUCUGACAAGAGCAUCCACCUGUCCUUCCUGAGGACGGUGCCUCCGUACUCACACCAGGCUCACGUCUGGUUCGACCUAAUGAGGGAGUUCAGGUGGAACCACAUCAUCCUCAUCGUCAGCGACGACCACGAAGGACGAGCCGCUCAGAAGAGACUGGAGACGCUGCUGGAGGAGAGGGAGACCAAGGUGAGCUAA